AUGGCACCCAGCUUACAGGAGCUGAUUGCUUUCUUGCUGAACGAGGUCGCGCUAUGCGGUAACCAAGGCGCGACCUUGCUGGAUGUCUUAAACUACAUUGAUAUCUUCUAUCGCAAUUCACCGCAGAAUGAAUCUGGGCGCCGCCAGCUCGUGGACCGUCGUUUUCAAAACAAGGUCUGGUCAUGGCUGACACGCAAUCCCGAGGUAUCCGUGGGUUUAGGCAACAAGUGGAAUCAUCUCAGCUUGGACGAAAUUGAAAAGCUUGAUCUACCUGCUCGCAACUCCCAAAACGAAGUCGAAGGGGAAACUGAAAAUGGCAGAGAAAAUUCUGCAUCAUCUGCUGCCUCAAAAGUCCGUGUCUUCGUUUCUAAAGAGAGGACCUGGUAUGCAGUUGCCGGUCACGAACCUGAUGACAACAAGCUUCCCGCAUCAGAGUUUUUGUUAUUAUCCAUCAUAGCUACUCGCAAAUCAGAGGGCAUUCCGCAGACGGAAUUGGUCAAAAUCAGUGGCCAAGACAAACGAUCGGUGCCGAAAAGAACAGACGCAUUGGCCGCCAAAGGAUACAUCGAGAAGCGUGCUGUUCAUGUCAAAGCGGCACGCACAAGUCUGCUGACUCUUCGUCGAUUUAUAAAUGUGCCAACUGCUCAGCCCAGUAGUGAAAACACAACCGAGGCAAAGCCGAUGAUAGAUUUCGAUGAUUUUACGAAACAACUGUUCGAUGCUCUCAGAGAGAAUGAUAACACCAUCACUCGGAAUGAUCUGAAGAAAGUGUUAGGAUUUGAGGACCUCUGGAGAUCGAGAAUUCUCUCCCGUACCGUUCGCAAGUAUGAAAAAAUCGGAGUCUUGAAGCGAGUGAGGGUGAAGUCGCAGUACAAUCUGAUGCACCCUUGCAUAAUGCUGAUGCGAGAACCCACACCGAAGGACUUCGAAAAGUUCUUUGAGUUCAGCAGACAUGGGUUUAAAAGAAACGAAGACAAUCCAGCAGAUUUGGAUGAAGACGUGGACUUGGAGGCUGAUGCUUCAGAGCAGAACAUGGCCGACUCUGGAGAAGGCGACUCUCAAGUCAAGAAUGAGCGUGUCGUUGCGUCUGGACGUAUUGUACCCAUCUGGACACCUGAUCGCGUUUUGAGCAACCAGCUAUUUGACAUCAUUGACAAAGCGGGCACGUCUGGAAUAACCAAUGAUCUUAUCAAUCGGACUUGCUUUGGAAUCUUUUACAAGCGACCAUCUGAAAACAUGGUCCAUCGUCUGACCGACUGCUGGCAAAUUUCCCAGCCUCCUCACCUUCGGCACCUUGCACUUGUCCGUGAUUCCGAUGUGCACAAAACCAUUAUUCACUACGUUCAUUAUUCGGCGAGAAAUUUCGCGACGAAGGUCAUCGAGGGUACCGCAUUUUGGGAGGCUGUCCAAUUCCCAGUCAAGAAUCACAAGUCCUUGAAGACCGCGCUCCCCCGAGUUGAUGCACCCGCUGAACUUGACCAAUAUGGACUUCCUCACAACAACAUACCCGUGGGCAUGAUGAAAAAUGGGAACGUCAGCUUAUUUGAGGGUCUUGCAAGCUGCAAGCCGGCGGACUACAGCCUUACGCGCAAGGACCCUAUGAGUGUCCUCCAGGCGGAUGGUUCAUACCGGGUUCAACCCGGCCACUCAGUCCCUCUAGAGGGCCUGCAACGAUCAGGAGUAAAGCUGAACAACGGAAAGGGCCGCCCUAGGGGCCGCCCGAGCAAGGCUACAUCGAAAAGGAUAAAGAGGGAGUCUUCGGUCGUCUCAGUUCCUGAUGAUAGCGACAUAGUUAUGGAGGACAACCCCCCAGUGCCUCUACAUUGGGACAAAUCCCAAAGCCAAAAGAAACGGGAAAAAUACCAAGGCAUGUCCAAGAAAGAGCGAUUCGAAGCAAUGGGCUGGGAUGAGACAUGGACCGAAUACAACGCUCUUGUCAUGGAAAAACCCACGCCUGGAAUCUAUGUUACGCCUCAUGGAAAGCGCAGACCUGCGGGGAAGAAGCAGGGUCGUCCGAAAACGAGCCGAAUUGCAAUCUUCAAAUCUCCAAGGCUUUCCACUUUGCCCUGGUUCUGCAAAGACGAUAAUGAUUCAGACUAUGGGGAAACGGGCGCGGGAGUAGCGAUGACUCCGACAGCCGCUGCCACCCCUAGAAUGAUGACCGAGGAACCUGCAUCACGUCAACCAAGCGAGACAAUGGAGUCUACACCAAGUCGGCCGAGAAAGGGCAAGCGAGCCCAUCCGAUUGCGGACCCCUCUGACUCGUUAGCCCCAUCAGAAAGUGCUACUACAGCCAAAGGCACCAGAGGAAGACCCAGAAAGCAGGCUCGCAUUCGUGGGCCCCGAGACGAUAGCCAGGCUGAUCAGGUUGCCUCUAAGUCUCCGGGGCCUAGCAAUGGACAGACUACCAUUGACUUGACCCCGGAAGAUGCCAACGUGACGAAACCAUUGAAUGGUGUGGCCGCCGCAAGCCGAAGCCAGAGCGCUACUCGACCUGCAGAAAGUACAAAUACUUUGGAAACCACCAUGGGCCCACCUCCUGCCCGAUUGGUCACACCAAAGCCACAAACCUCCACAGUGCACCUCAUCCCCAUGCACGGCACGCCCGUAAGCGGGAAGAGUGAGAAUCCAAAGGUACACGGUUCAGCUAAUCGAGGUGGAUCUAUACCAUUCUUGCGCAGAAGAAUUGUUAUGGACAUCGUCGAAAAGGCCGGUGGGGCAUACCCUGGUGGUGGUGAGCUCUGGUACCCAUUCACGACUGCAUGGAUGAAAAUGAACCACAAGGAGAAACCGGAUAUGCGAACCGUGAAGACAACGAUCAAAUAUUUGGUCGAUGCCGGCCAACUUCAGCAAUUGACAUUCAGUGGCAGAGAUGGCAGAGGCACGAUGGUAACAAAAACCAUUUUGAGGAAGCCAGAAAUGUCACCAGAUGAUCCUUUGAUUAAGGACUUACAAGUCCAGCUACUGGCUCGUGACCGCAAUCCUAAGAAUUCCUUCUCACCUCACAUUGAAACGAGCCAAACAAUCUCGCGAAACGGCGGUAGUUUUGGUCCGAAUGGCGUGGGUGGCCAAAAGUUCCGCAGGUUCUCAUUGCCUACUGUAUCUGAUGCUACCGUUCAUCUCCAUUCAAAGCCUGCUUCCGUUCUCAUACAAGAGAAGAAACGACGCGUAGCGGUACAUAAGAAGUUGAUGAGAAGGAUGCUCAACGAGGGAGAGUCUGAUACUGAUUCAGAAGAUGACUUGGAGCUGUAUGAGGACAAUUUUGACCCGAGAUUCCAAGUUCACCGACUCAUGAGGUUCCCGCCUCAAUUGGAUCAAGGUUCUGAAAAUAAUGGAACAUACAUCUACCGCCCCAUGACAGGUGGUGACAUGGUGCCGACUAUGUCCAUGUUUAGAAUCAGAAAUCACCCAUUCGGCAAGACGAGACGGCUUCCGAGAAUCAUUUCCAGCAUGGAAGCGAUGAAGAUGUUGAUGAACCCAGGUCAAAUUCUCCAUGGUUCUACACAUACAUUUGCUACGGGAUCUAUCAAACGUAGCUGGGGAGGAGGAAAACACGCUACGUUUGCAGAUACCCGUGUUAGCAGGAACUUCAAUUUCGCCGAUGCUAUCCAGGAACUGACCAGCCUGGCACACCAAUCCGAUGACUGGAUAGGGCCGAUGGGGCCCAGCACAACAGACGCCCGAAGAUUCGCGUUCAGAAUGGACAAGAUCUUGGAAUGGGAGCUCGAAAACGAUGGGCUGGCUGAUUCGAAACUCGACGAUCAUCUUUUUAUUACGCACACUGUCGACAAAGGUUUUAUCGAAAGCCCAAUCAACGGCCCAAUUUGCUUUGAGAUGGACCAGCCUGUACGAUCUGCCAAAUCUCGCAAAUUGCGCAUGCUGACCCGAGGGUUUUAUGCCCGUCGUCAACGUCGCCGCAAGCUCGAGCUCGGCCAGGCAAAUGGGCCCAGCUUGGAUCGGAAUCGCAAAACUGGACAAGGAAACUUUCCUCCACGGCGCCGGACUUUCAAACCACUUCCUGAAGGGGUGAUUCGGAGAUACAUGGUCGCCAUUACCGCUGUUCGAACACUGGCUGGUGGACUCGAGGGAAAGAUUGUCGAUUGGGACCUUGUCCCUCUUGCCUUCCCCAACAGCGAUCCGGAGUUCGUGCUGCACCAUGGUAAAUCGAUUCUCGGCCGGAACCGGACAGAAAUCCAUAAGAUGCAACGCGAUUUCCAGGAGCGAUAUCUCCAGGCUUAUGAGAAGAAACAGGUGCCUCCAAUUGACUAUAACAAUCUAGCAGGGUACAAUUGGCCGGCCGUGGUCGAGUGGGCGAGCAUUGAGCUCGACUUUUCUACAUCUGAAAAAGCUCCCACUCUCCCUGCAACUCGCGAGCAAUUUGACAGCAUGUUCGAGCUGCGCGAAGAACCCGUCACCACUGCCGAGGAAGCGCAUGUCACGACAGGAUCUCUCACGGUCGCCAACAAAAAGCGUCUCUUAAGUCGCAUACCAUUUGUCGUCGAACAACCUCGCAUCGCCACUCCAAUAACCCCCAGACCAGACGCCCAGAAGCUUGAAAUCGCGAAGACAUGGGUUCGUGCCAAUAUCAUGACACCGACAGAUCGAUACAAUGCUGCUGCGGCCACCGAAACCCUAGCUCCAUUUGGGGAAUCCCUUCUCGCCUCUGCGACGCAAUCCCUGAUGACUGACCGCAUCAUUUGCAACGCAAACCGCGGCCGUGUCACCCCAGGCCGCAACUACAUGCCACACGACGUCUUCCUCCAAACCAUGGAACGUCGUCGUGCCAUCGACAGCGACCAGCUCGCACGUGCAGCCGAAUUCAAAAUGAAAGUGCUCGACCCAGCUCUCAAGACCGAAGGGACCUUCAAAAUCAACUACCACGCUGGCGACGGUGACGCCCUAGCCGUAGACGAACUCUUCGCACACGGUCAAGUCGAACUGAUCCCACUCAACCUGAUCCGCGACAAGUACGGUCUCAUAGAUGGUACAUAUCUCACCCGACAAAUGGAUAAAAGCCGCCUGCGCUUCGAAAUGGAGGUGCGUCCGCUCCCGAAGUACGUGUACGGGAACCCCAUUCACGAUAUCGUGCAUGAUACGCCGCCUCCACUCCCACCUGCGUCGCGCCAUAUGCCGCUCUGGUUCGACAUCCAUGGCUGUUUGAUGCAAGAUUGGUGGUACAGAUCUAUUGCAGCGGUCAUGGGUUGUCUCGUUAUUCGACCUGGUGUGUCGAUUGAGAGUAUUACUUUUAUGAUCAAGCCUGGUUUGAUGAAAUGGGAGAUUGAGCUCCUACUGGAAGAUUGGUUGCUUAAGGUGGGUCUCGUGGAGAAGUCAGGGACUCCGGAUCGACCUUGCUGGAGUGUGAAGGAGUGGUGGUGGAUGGCUCUGGGAGUGGAGACGGUCAGCCCCGGCCCAGUUCUGUAA